GGAGGCGGGCGUCCGGGAGAAGCCGUCGUAGGCCCGGGCCCUUAGCCCGCCCCGCGCGCGCCCCCGCUGGCCCUCCUCCUCGCCGUCCCGCGCGCGUCCACCGGUUCCCGGCUCGCGCCGCUCCGUGUGGCCGGAUCCCGGGAGACGCGGAGGCGGGGGCGACCACAAGAUGGCGGACCUCUCGCUGCUCCAGGACGACCUGCAGGACACUGACGGACUUGGUGUGGAUGACUACAGCUCAGAGUCUGAUGUGAUUGUUAUACCUUCAGCCCUGGACUUCGUCUCACAAGAUGAAAUGUUGACGCCACUGGGGAGACUGGACAAGUAUGCUGCGAGCGAGAACGUAUUUAACAGACAAAUGGUGGCCCGGAGUUUGCUGGAUACGUUGAGGGAAGUCUGCGAUGAUGAAAGAGAUUGUAUUGCUGUUUUGGAAAGAAUUAGCAGAUUAGCUGACGAUUCAGAACCAACUGUGAGAGCAGAGCUGAUGGAACAGGUGCCUCACAUUGCAUUGUUUUGCCAAGAAAACCGGCCUUCAAUACCAUAUGCUUUUUCCAAAUACUUGCUACCUAUUGUGGUUAGAUAUCUUGCAGAUCAGAAUAACCAGGUGAGGAAAACAAGUCAGGCAGCUUUGCUGGCUCUACUGGAGCAGGAACUGAUUGAGCGAUUUGACGUGGAGACCAAAGUUUGUCCUGUGCUCAUAGAGCUGACUGCCCCAGACAGCAAUGACGAUGUGAAAACAGAAGCUGUGGCUAUAAUGUGCAAGAUGGCUCCCAUGGUUGGGAAGGAUAUUACAGAACGUCUUAUCCUCCCUAGGUUUUGCGAGAUGUGCUGUGAUUGUAGAAUGUUUCAUGUUCGAAAGGUCUGUGCUGCCAAUUUUGGAGAUAUUUGCAGUGUAGUUGGCCAGCAAGCUACCGAGGAAAUGUUGCUGCCCAGGUUUUUCCAGCUGUGUUCUGACAAUGUAUGGGGAGUCCGGAAGGCAUGUGCAGAGUGCUUCAUGGCAGUUUCAUGUGCAACAUGUCAAGAAAUCCGACGGACCAAGCUAUCAGCACUAUUCAUUAACUUGAUCAGUGAUCCCUCACGUUGGGUUCGUCAAGCAGCUUUUCAAUCUCUGGGACCUUUCAUAUCUACUUUUGCUAAUCCAUCUAGCUCAGGCCAAUAUUUUAAAGAAGAAAGCAAAAGUUCAGAAGAUAUGUCAGAAGGCAAAAAUAGGUAUAAUUUUAAAACUUUGUUUUCCAGUUUUCCUAUAUGUGAACAUUCUUUCCACCAUUUGAUAAUAAAUACUUUGUUUAGAGAGUUAACUACUUCAGAGCUUUAUUUUAGAUGAGAUUAGACACAUUCAAGGUUGGAUGGCCAUAGAUCAGAAUUUUAUUUUAAAUAUAUAUGCUUGUAAACACUUCAGUUAAUUAUGUAUUAAAUGAGAAGCUGCAUGUAAUAUACUUAGCUUGAUGCCUGGUACAUAGAAAAUGGUGAAUUUUAUAGUUUUUGAUAAGUUUAUUUAAUAAAUUACAUACCUAAUAAACU